GAAUCCACCCAGGGGAGAAGUCUUAUAAAUGUUCGGAAUGUGGAAAGGGCUUUAGUUAUAAAACAAAUCUUGCAUCCCAUCAAAGAAUUCAUACAGGGGAGAAACCAUAUAAAUGCUUGGAAUGUGGAAUGUGCUUCAGUCAGGGCUCAAACCUUGCUUCCCAUCAAAGUAUCCAUACAGGAGAGAAACCAUAUAAAUGUUCGGAAUGUGGAAAGAGUUUUAAUAAGAAUGGAAGCCUUACUUCCCAUCAAAGAAUCCACACAGGGGAAAAACCAUAUAAAUGCUCAGAAUGUGGAAUGUGCUUCAGUCAAGGCUCAAGUCUUGCAUCCCAUCAAAGAAUUCAUACAGGGGAGAAACCAUACAAAUGCUCAGAAUGUGGAAAGAGCUUCAAUAAGAGCUCAAACCUUGCUUCCCAUCGAAGUAUCCACACAGGAGAGAAACCAUAUAAGUGCUCAGAAUGUGGAAAGAGCUUUACUAAGAAUGGAAGCCUUACUUCCCAUCAAAGAAUCCACACAGGGGAGAAACCAUAUAAAUGCUCAGAAUGUGGAAUGUGCUUCAGUCAGGCUUCAAGUCUUGCAUUUCAUUACAGAAUCCACACAGGGGAGAAACCAUAUAAAUGUUCUGAAUGUGGAAAGCGUUUCAGUAAGAGUGGAAGUCUCACUUCCCAUCAAAGAAUCCAUACAGGGGAGAAACCAUAUAAGUGCUUGGAAUGUGGAAAGAACUUCAUUGACAGCUCAGGCCUUACUUCUCAUCAAAGAAUACAUUCAGGAGAGAAACCAUAUAAAUGUUCUGAAUGUGGAAAGAACUUCAGUCAAAGCUCCAACCUUGCUUCCCAUCAAAGAAUCCACACAGGGGAGAAACCAUAUAAAUGCUCAGAAUGUGGAAUGUGCUUUAGUCAGGGCUCAAGCCUUGCUUUGCAUCAUAGAAUGCACUCAGGGGAGAAACCAUAUAAAUGCUCUGAGUGUGGAAAGUGCUUCAGUAAGAGUGGAAGUCUUACUUCCCAUCAAAGAAUCCAUACAGGUGAGAAACCAUACAAGUGCUUAGAAUGUGGAAAGAGUUUUAGUCAUAGCACAAAUCUUAUUUCCCAUCAAAGAAUCCAUGCAGGGGAAAAACCAUAUAAGUGCUCUGAGUGUGGAAAGAACUUCAGUAGGGGAGGCAGUCUUAUUUCCCAUCAAAGAAUCCACACAGGGGAAAAACCAUAUAAGUGCUUGGAAUGUGGAAAGAGCUUCAGUGACAGCUCAGGACUUACAUCCCAUCAAAGAAUCCACACGGGAGAAACAUAUAAAUGUUCUGAGUGUGGAAAGGGCUUCAGUCAGAGCUCAAACCUUGCUUCCCAUCAAAGAACCCACAUGGCAGCAACCAUAUAAAUGCU